AAGGGAGCUGUCAGGCUACAGAGGGAGGGGUCUUUCGUUGCCGGCCCUAGGCCCUGGCCUUGGAGAAGGAGGCCGCCCGACACCGCUAGCCUUCUGUCCCCAUGGGGGGUGCCUGAGUGCGGUUCUCCUUCCCCUUUCUACGGGUUGGUUUGUCCUGGAGCCCAGCAGAAAUGACGGAAUAUAAGCUGGUAGUUGUGGGUGCUGGUGGCGUUGGAAAGAGUGCAUUAACCAUACAGUUAAUCCAGAAUCAUUUCGUGGAUGAAUAUGAUCCCACUAUAGAGGAUUCCUACCGGAAGCAGGUGGUGAUCGAUGGAGAGACAUGCCUUUUAGAUAUCCUGGACACAGCUGGGCAGGAAGAGUACAGUGCCAUGCGUGAUCAGUACAUGAGGACAGGAGAAGGCUUCCUGUGUGUCUUUGCUAUCAACAAUACAAAGUCUUUUGAAGAUGUGCACCACUAUAGGGAACAGAUCAAUCGUGUGAAGGAUUCUGAUGAUGUGCCCAUGGUCCUCGUUGGCAAUAAGUGUGACCUGCCUUCUCGAACAGUGGAUACUAAACAAGCUCAGGAGCUUGCAAGAAGCUAUGGAAUCCCCUUUGUAGAGACUUCGGCCAAAACCAGACAGGGAGUGGAAGAUGCCUUCUAUACCCUGGUGCGGGAAAUUCGAAAGCACAAAGAAAAGAUCAGCAAUGGACGCAAGAAGAAAUCUUCUAAAAGAAAGUGUAUUAUCCUCUAAAAGAGAGACAUUGUUGCACUGCUGGAAGUGUGGAAAAAAACCUUUGAGUUUGGGUAUUUUCCCAGCCUGCAUGAUAAAUUCUGAUGGCCUUGUCCCCUCAUCCUUUUCAGCUGGAAGGCAAAGGUGGUGGUGUUCUUAAAAAUGUCUUUUUUUUUUUUGCUACUUUUAAAAUUUGGACAUCACAACCAAUAUUAAUAACCACAUUUGAUAGUCUUGUUGCUUCUUUGCAGAUUCAAAAAAAAAAUCCUUAGGAUAAUAAGGAUUACUCCAUAAAAUCAUCUGGUGUAACCUGAUCCCAGAAACUAAAUUGAAGGAACAGCAGGAAGGCAGUGUUUCAUCAGAGUAUUACCUAGUGGUCUUUCUCAUUGUUUGUAGCAUUUUCUUUACCUUGGUUCUUUGCAAGAUUGAAGAAAAAGUCAAAUAGAUGUGAUGUCACCUUUUUUGCUACCUGGAGAACAAAUAAGACUGUUUGAAGGUGACAAGAAAUACCAACUGCAAGAAUGUGGAAAGUGAAACCCUGACUAUUUCAGCCCUCCGUAUUAAAAUAGAUGGUGUUCAGCUUUUCUGGAUGGUUAAGUCCAAUAUUUAAUUUUUUGUCUCUUCCUAAUUUUCAUUUGACUUGUUUUGUGUAAUUUCUGGGCAAAAUUUCCUGUGCUCUCUAAACUGAACCAGAAAUGAUGAUACAUCAACAAUGUGAAAGAGAAGUAGGACUAUUUGGGUAAUAUAAGAAACUUUCUUUCCAAAUGUAGUGAAAUAUGAUUGUUUGAAAAUUAACUCUGAAGAUGAUUGAAUGCUGGCACUGUGAAACAUCCUAAAUAUAAUCUGUCACUCUUGUUCCCCUUACUUAAUAGGUAUUCAUGUUUUGGGGAAUAUGGUAAUGUUUACACAUCUUAGAAAACAGAAAAGAGGAAUAUAAUCAGAAGAUCUCUUAUCACUUUGUCCCUUUAAUCAUCUGAAUAUUUUGUCUAAUCCCUGAGAGUAGGAAGUAUAGGUACUUAAAGAUUGGCAGUGAGAAAACAGAAGAAAUAUGAAUUAUAAUUCUGUUAGUGUUUUAAAAUAUCAGUUAUUGUCCUUUUGUAUAUUUAACUUUUUGUUCUUCCUCUCCUAAUUCAAAAUCCUUUGUUACCUAUGUUCCUAAGGAACUGUACAAUAAAUACAUGCCACCACUUGGAAUAAACCUGUGAAUAAGCUACCUGA